AUGGACGUUCAAUCUUUCAAAUCACGAACUUCUGUCUGGCUCGACAAUUCCUCAUCUCGUAAUGAGGGUCACGGCGUACGAACGCUGAAGCCAGGUGCCAACAUUCAGUCUCACGUCAACGAGCGAAGAGAAGGCUUCGAGGUAAAACACGUAUAUUCGGCCGUCAUCAACGGCUAUGCGGCCGCGCUUUCCCCUUCGGUGUUAGAAGCAUUAAGGUUGUCCGACGACGUACAGGCGAUCGAAAUCUCUACCUUUACUCAGCUUGGAAAUGCUAGAAGACUAUUCGAGAAGAAAGCGAAUGGAGGCGCAGGUGUCGAUAUCUACUUCUUCGAUACUGGAAUCAACUUAACAAAGCAAUGCUUUGGGUCUCGUGUUCGCUGGGGUGCUACGUUCGGUGGAUAUCAAGACAUUGACGGAAGCGGCCAUGGUACUGCAUUAGCAGCUUCGGCGCUUUGCGCCGAAGCAGGUGGAACCGCCACAUCAGCCUCGGGCGUUGCGGUCAAAAUUCUCUCGGAUUCUGGAUCGGGUACAACAUCAUCUCUCAUUUCUGGCAUCAACUGGGCAGUCCAACAAUACCAAUCGACAAAUCGACCUUCAAUUGGCGCGCUGGCGCUUGGAGGACCAGCCUCUGUGACCCUUGAUAACGCUGUUGCUGCAGCCGUAAAUGCUGGGCUCCACAUGGUUGUCACCGCCGGCAAGUUUGUUUGGGCAUCAAUCUCUCCAGCACGUGUAGCAGGUGCUGUGACCGUUGGAUCGAUACCACGAUCCAAGGUUCGCCCAACUAAUAGCAACUAUGGCGCUGGGCUGGAUGUCUGGAGCUUCUACCCUAUCGCUUGCCCAACAGAUAUACCCAACUGCAACACACCGACCGGUAGCGUAUCGUACGUGGCUGCGUAUAUGGCUGUUGCAAUUGGUUCAUACGGAAAUAAAGCGCCGGCAGCUUUGACUACCGAUCUGAAAAGUCAUGCAGUCCCGGAUGUCAUCAAUGUCCCCACAGGCACCACCAACUUGCGAGCUGUACCAUGGUAG